AUGCGGGUUUUGAUCUACGGGGCAGGCCGUGAGGUCCCCAUAAAAAAACCUUUGUGGCUCGUAGCUGUGGUACGUGGUGGUAUACUGCGUUACCAAGUCGAGCUAAUGAGAUCCCAUUUUAAAGAAAUGCAUUCCUCCGCAAUCGUUAUGGUAACAGCUUGGCUCGUCCUACAGACCAGCGCAGAUAAUAUGUUCAAUGAGUACUUCAAACGGGGAAUGUAUGAAUGCGCUCUGGACUACCUCAACAACCUACAAGAAAUCCAUCGUUAUGUUCAGAGGGCAUCUACUAGACAACAGGAAUGCCGCAAGAAAGCAGCUCUUACCGAUAAGACCUUCCCAAAGACGAAUAUCGCACCACUUGACGAAUUUAUAGAGAGUAUGCGACAAGAGGAAGAAGAGGAAUCAAAAUCAACACACAAAACACUAACGAAAACAUUAUGA